CGAACUCUUCAGAGCACCUGACAGUGUGCUGUUUUGCACUGGCAAAGCAUGGGUGAACGGUUCACGUGUGUAUUUCGUGAAACAACGAAAAUCGAAUCAUUUAGUGGUACAGGUGUCAAUCAAUGAUUUUAAAGCUCCGUGUACAUACGGGACUGAUGUAACCUCAAGGGCAUGCAAUAUAAAUACAGAUAUGAAUUAAAGCCGGUGUUCCGUUCAAUAAUUUUCCCUGCUGCUGUCAGUUAACACGAUGUCGGCGGUGAUCGUGUCGUUGGUUGCUUUGGGACUGUUUUGUGCUGUCUUUCGGAUGUUGCACCUGUCUAUUUAUGCCGGGGAACCGAGGCUGUUUUACAAGGAGGGGUCACAGUUUGUGAAUUCCGUGCUGGAUCUCUGUCCGAUAUUUAAAGAAAUAUAUAUGCCGCCUUUGAUAUGGGGGAAAAGUGGACACCUGCAGACCUUUAUCUAUGCCAAGCUAGGAAGAGUUAAGUCCCCUUAUCCACGAGGAGAGCGAUGCAGUGUCAUGAUGCCAGAUGGUGCUACUAUGACAUUUGAUGUGUUUGAACCACACAAAACUCAUCCUAGCAAAGGUGAUUUCACCAUGGUCCUGUGUCCGGGAAUCGCCAACAGCAGCGAGACGACCUAUAUUUGUACAUUUGUCCACUACGCCCAGGAACAUGGCUACAGAGUGGCGGUAUUGAAUCACCUCGGGGCUCUGUCCAGCGUUCCUCUCACCAGCUCCAGAAUGUUCACAUACGGUUGUACAGAGGAGUACGGGGCUAUGGUAGAUAAUGUCCUGACCAGGUACCCUGACACCAGACUAAUGGGUGUCGGCUUCAGUAUGGGAGGAAAUGUCGUGGUGAAAUAUGUGGGUGAAGAUCUAUCUAGAGAGCAGAAGUUCUUGUGUAUCAUGUCCCUCUGUCAGGGUUACGAUGCAGAACAAGCUAUCGAGUUAGCCAAGGACUGGGCCCACUUACGGAGAAUGUACGGAUACGCCAUGACGUGUAAUCAAAAGAAAAUGUUACGCAGACAUUACGACAUUCUACUGGGAAAAGAUGUGCAGGAAAAACACAACAUUGAUGCAGAUCAAGUUCUGGCUGCCACGUCGUUGUACGAACUUGACGAGGCAUACGGUCGAAGGAGGGCGGGGUUUAAGAGUGUAAAGGAAUAUUACGUAUCCAGCAGCUGCAGAUACUGCAUAAAUCAGAUAUCCUUGCCGAUGUUUCUUCUGAACGCUACAGAUGACCCACUAGUGCCUCCUCCCUUGGUGGAGAUUGGAAAACAAUAUGCAAUGUCACACACCAACAGUCUGCUAGUGGAGACCAGGCACGGGGGCCAUCUUGGAUUUUUUGAGAGUGGGAUUUUGACCCCUGAUCCCAUAACCUGGUUAGACCGAUCAGCACUGCAGUACGCGGAAGCUAUUGUGACACUGUUUGUUGCCAACAAAUUGCCACACCAGAAAUUCAAACAAGCAUAAAUGCGGUGCAUUAAACAGGGCUUUUAUGGAGGAGGUGGAUUGCCUCUGUACGUAUGUUUUCAGGUGUCGAGUACAUGCAAGUACGUGGACACAAUUGGUAUGAUGAAAUUUCAAAGAGCUUCAAAUUGAAAACCAGGGCAACCUGACAAAAAGUUAUAUGCCAUUUUUAAAUUGCCAUUUUUCACGUGUGUGGUUUUUUUGGUUGGGGGGUUUGGUUUUUUUUUGGUAUUUUUUUUUUUUUUUUUUUGUAAUUUCUCAUGUCAUUUUUUGGAAGUAUAUUUUGAACAAAUCUGUGAUUUACUGAUAUACAUAUAUGUAUGUACAUGCAGGUCCGUUGAGACAAUCAAAACUAUUAAUGCUGUAUUUAGGUGGACUUCAUUUUAUUUGUGAAUUCUGUUACGAACUACAGUAUGUGAUUUACAAAUUGAUGUACAGUAUAAUUUGUCCAAACCGGCCUCUGAGUACUCCGGCGCUCUGUCAAUUCCGGCCACAAAAUAUAGUCCCUAACAUUUCUUUAACAAAUCCUUUAUUGAUAAUUCCCUGUACUCCGGAUACUGCGUAUUCUGUAUAUCGGCCGGCUUACACAGUCCCAACUGCUAUUAAUUAACUUUAAUUAUCCUGUGUAAACCGGCCCCUCGAUGAUACACCACCCUUAUUGUUGCGGUCAAUUGUAUUCGGUGUACACAAGGUCCCAUCUGCUCGUAAUAAGCUCUAAUUAUCGCAUUUAAACCAGCCACCCCACGAUGACCAACCUGUUGGUAUUUGUGGUCGAUCACACGCGGUGUACACAAAGGGUGUCUCAAGGGAAGCCACAGGUAAGUAAAAGAGUGCAACUGGCGAGGAGUCGCGAUCAGUUUAAAAUAAAACCUGAUUUUUAGGGGGUGCACUUUUCAAUUAUGACAGCACCACGCACGAGGUAAUGGCGACCUCCCCCUAACGACAGAGACGAGAACUGACAUUAAAAGAUAAAGUUCAAUUAAUCGAUGAAUUCGAUACAUUCUUGGAAUGAAACAAAAUCGGCAACAAUCCCGUUAUGUUUUCCAAAAGCAGGAUUUCCCCUCGUGGACUUCUCGGAGCUUUACGGCGAGUCAGACUGUGAUGAUAUGCAGUUAGUUAGCACAACUCGCCAUGUCCGGUCGAUCACUCGGCAUUACAUCAAUUUCCGUUUCACAAAUUGGGACAGUUGAAAGUGAUACAUUUACAAUGAAAGAUGGGAAAGACAAAUUUUAAACGAACACAACACAAACUUGACGAACGUACAUAAUGUAGCACUUGAUAACGGCGAUGAUGUAGACGAAAUCGACAAUUUACCAACAGAAAAUUGCGCGAAUAAUUCCCAGAUUUUAAACUGUUUAAUAAAAAUUGAAACUUUUUCAAAUGAGCACGACAAUAAAACACUGACAUUUAUAUUUUUACAUUUUGAAUUCUUUUGUGAUAAAUGUAUAUUAAAACGUUAGCAAUCAUUACACACGUAUGCAUAGUUAGUGAAUACAAGGGAAGCAACUCUCAUUCUUGUCAACAUUCUGCAUUCCGGACUCUGUGCAAACCGGCCAAUUUCUUUGGAACCACACAUAGCCGGUUUAGACAGAUUAUACUGUACAUUAUUCAUUGCCUGUUCAGCCACAUACCUGUAUCUAUGGUUUAUUACUAUGAAUAUUCCUUGUUUGUCAAUUUUUAAGGAUACUCACUACCAACAAAAAGCUUGAAAUCGUUUUUUGAUUAAUACAUGUAAUUAUCAUCUUUCAUUAGAUUUUGAAAUACAAUCAAAUCGAAUAUAAGCCAAACAUAAAUAGAGCUUACAGUUUGCAUCAAUCAUGAUCAUGUAUGUGCUUGAAAAUUGGCCAAUUAAAAAAAUGCUGGAUAUACUAAAUGCAUAAAUAAGUUUCCUCAUUUUGAAAACUUAAAGUUGAAUUUUUUAUCUAAGAUCUUCGGGAAGUUCUCUCCUCUGGGAGUGUUUAAUUGGCAUUACUAAGUCCAUUUGACAUCUUUCAUUUGUUUCAAAGUUGAGUUAAACACUAUAUAGAAUUUUUUUAUGCUAGUGUAUAUACCCCCUUCCCCCUUUUUUGCUUAUGAAAAAAAGUCUGAAUGAAAUGACUUAUAGUACUACCAGUCUACGGAUGAAUCCUUACUAGGGACCUGUGAUUGAUACCCUAUAGUAAUCAACUCGUGUGCAUCCAUGCAAAUAAUUUUUUCCGAUUUUUUUCUAUCCCUGCUGCCCCUGUAUUGUAUGUUAUACAUAACUUAUUAAAUUUAUUGCAGUUUUUGAGUUUGGGCUUAUUGACAUAAUAUGUUUAGAAGAAUUAUGGACCUUGAGUUUAGCGAAUUAUGCCACAAAGCAGGGCCCUUUUUGUGCUGCUUGCCGUGAGAAUGAUAGCUAGGUUUAGUUUGUGUUUAAUGUUGUGAUCUGUGUAGUUUGAUGACUUGUCACCUCAACAUCUCCAAAAUAUGUAUUUCUCACAGGCACCUGAAGUAUGAAUAUUACUAUCCCCCCCCCCCCCCUCACUCUUUUUUCAUUUUUUAAUUAAUUUUUUUUUUGUGGCAAUAAUUUCUCUGAAAUGUAUGAAUUCCCAGUCUAUCUCAUUCCUCUUUCGAUUCAUGUAAUCAUUUCACGCUUUUUGUAAGCUUUAGAGAUUGGCCUUCUACCAGUAUAAUAAAAUACACAAGGUAAGAAACAAAAAUUUGUAAACAAACAUACAAUUCAGAGAAAUUAUUCCCACCAAAAAAAAUUAUGGGAAAAAAGGGGGGGGGGGGGUAGUUAUAUCCAUACUUCAGGUGCCUGUGGUAUUUCUCAGCUGUUAGAACUGAAAAUCACCAAUACAGUCACCUUUCUGGACAUUCCUUGUGCUAUUGUUAUUUUAAGGAAUUUUGAAAUUCCCUGUGGCAGUGUUUAAGGAAUUCUGGAAAUUCCCUGUGCUAGUGUUAUUUUAAGGAAUUCUGGAAAUUCUCUGUGCUAAUGUUAUUGUAAGGAUUUCUGGAAAUUCCCUGUGCUGGUGUUAUUGAAAGGAAUUCUGGAAAUUUCCUAUGCUAGUGUUAAUGUAAGGAAUGCUGGAAAUUCCCUGUGCUAGUGUUAGUUUAAGGAAUUUUGGAAAUUCGCUGUGGCAGUUAUAUUGUAAGGAAUUCUGGAAAUUCCCUGUGCUAGUGUUAUUGUAAGGAUUUCUUGAAAUUCUCUGUGCAGUGUUAUUUUAAGGAAUUUUGGAAAUUCCCUGUGCUGGUGUUAUUGUAAGGAUUUGUAGAAUUUCUCUGUGGUAAUUUCAUUAGGGGGAUUUCUGAAAAUUCCUUGUGCUAGUUUUAUUGGAGGGAUUUCAGGAAAUUCUCUGUGUAAGUGUAAUUGCAGGGAUUUCUGGAGAUUCCUUGUGCCCUUUAAUUUGUGACCACAUGAUCUAACACAUGAUUUGUACAUUUUGUUUUGUAUUUGUAUUAGGCAUCAGGUUUUCAAGUUUUCUUAGAUUCAAUCUUGGAAUUUUUUUUUACCUUGUAGUAAUGAUGACGGUUAGGUUACUGGUGCAGCAAAUUCCAAGAGAAGGGAAGAAUAUUAGGCUUAACAUGACAUCAGGUGAUAAGGGAUCUUUAAAGUUCUGGAUCUUUGUUCACUUUUAUAAAGGUUAGAUCAAAAGUGAGUACAGCCAAGUUUAUGGCUCCAUUAUCAGAUUAUGUAAUUCGUUUAAAAUAGCAAUUUUAAUUAUACUUUAAGACAUAUUCUUGCAGAAAACAUUUCGGUCUGCAUGUGAAAUCAGUAAAUCAAUACACAGCCAUUUGUGCCUAAUGUUAACUCAAUGUAGAUUUAAUUUUAAAAAUUUAGGCCUAACAUUAAAGUCAUGUAAAAGCUUGUUUAACAUUGAUUUAACGUUAAAUUUUAACGUUAGAUUAAUGUUGGGCACUAGUGGGCGGGGGACCCGAGGUAGGGAAUAUAGUUUGUUGGUUAUGUGAGGUUAUUAACUAAUGAUGAUGUUAUCAUAAGCUAUUCUGUAUAUUUUAUUACAUUUUUGCAUUGUAACUAUAAUCAUCUCGCAUAUCAAAAAAAAAAACUAAUGACAUUUAUAUUUGAAAGAAAAAUGAAAUAUAAAAUUGACAUUUUAAAAAUACUUGCCUAAUGGAAAUUGAAUUACACAUAGCAUAUUCCGAGUUAAUUUCCUUAGUCCCCGCCCACUGACAGCAUUCAAUUACACACAUCUGGGGAUAUAAAUACAUCAAAUGGUUAUUAUGGACAAAGUAAAAGUCAAUUAAUAACCAAAAUGCUCGGCUAUCUUGGGUGACAAAUCUGGAGGUUUACUCCCAUUAUUUCUAAAUUUUUGGCGAAAGAUGGAUGGGGGGCUGGCCCACUCUAAAUGCACCACUGAUAUUACACCACAAGCAAUUGUAUAUCUAAGUAGAGUUAUCACCCUUCCUCUAUUUCUGAUAUUAGUGGUUAAAUGAUCUACAUUGACCCUCACCAACCCCCCAAAAAAUGCAUGUUACUAAUUUUUAAUCUUAAUUUAUCCAUCGUUUGAAAAUGUUUGAUCCUUAUUGUUUUUGGUCUGUGUUGUUUGUAUACCAUGUUUGAAAAAAUGCAUGUGAUAUGUUGCAAGUCUGACAUGCGAGUGAUAUAAAUUGUGAUAUGAAAAUUGAUAAAACCUUUAAAAGGAUUAGAUAUAAAUAACAUGGCAAUCAAAAUUAGAUAACUAGUUGAUACGGAGAUAGAAAACCGCCGUGGUAGAUGAUUGGUUUAUGCAGUCUUUCUUUAUUAUAUUCUAGUAUAACCGUGCCUGGUUUAGGAAGCUCAAAAGCAGCAAAUGAAAUCUUGAUGAUAGACUCUAAUGUCCUGUUUAGUGACAGUCUCUGACCAAUGAGAACAAUGUAAUGUAACUUAGUGACAGCCUCUGACCAAUGAGAAAUGGUGUAAUGUAACUCGGGAUCUAGCCAUAGUGUAUACAUGUAUAGAUAUACUCGCUCAACUUGAUGAGAUAUAUUGAACCAACUGAACUUCAUGACUUUUCCGUUUAGUGAGGGUCAGUUUACGGGAAAUCGUAACGCCCGUUAAUUGUUGAAAAUGAAGAAAGCUUACAGUGUAUAUGUUUAUUGUAUAUUUCUCAUUUCCUGUAUUGCACAGAAUCUCCCAAUUACUCAGAAAAACAAGGAUACAAUAUGUAAACAAUCACCUUAAGGAGGUGUAACACAGCGUCAUGUAAUGGCCGCCUUCCUUUUAAAACAUAAAUGCGAAUUUAGUUAUCAACAAUAUUUGUCUAUUUUUUUUUUUAGAUUUAAUUGCCUAACUGAGUAACUCAGUAGGUUAGCUGAACUGUAAAUCGCGGGUUUAAGUCCAGCAGGGGUUUUAAAUUUUAAAUGGAUUACUUUCAACUAAAACUGCAUUUUUUGACUAUAUAAAGUAAAUUUUGAAGUAAAGUUUUCAAUUUCAGAAUUUUGUUGUACAUAACUUCCACUGUUCACCCACAUUAAAUUUCUCUGUUGUAGCAUUCCUCCUUAAUUCUAAUCAAUGUACUUUAAUUAAGUUUUUUUUUUGUCAUAAAGAUCAGGGCACUACUCCUGUUUUCGAGACAGAAAAGGUAUAAUUUCUAAGGACUUUUUAUAUCUUAUAAACCACGACCCUCAAGAAAAGGAAGACUGGGUUGUUUGUAUGAUGGGAGAGUAAGAUAAUGAAAUCAGUGCAGGGAUUUUUAAUGAGGUUGAACGUUCCCUUUGUUUUUUUAUGCCCCAGAAUUCAGUUUUUGAUAUUUCUGUCUCAUUAUCUGUUGUCUGCAAACACUUUAACCUUGGUCGUAACUUAUGAAUGGAUGGUGAAAGGUCUUUCAUAUUUUUGGAUUUUUUUUAUGAAUUAUGAAAUUUGUGGGCAUGUAGUUUUUGGUCUCUUUGUUUGUUUGCUAACUUUGACCAUAAAUGGAUGGUGAUUUGGCUUUCAGUGUCACAAGUGUUUACUGGUAACCAGACUUUUAUUUUUUGUACCCACAUUGUUUUUACCUCAUAACCUUGACUUUUGAAAAACUAUUAAUUUAGGCUGUCACUUUUGAAUUAUGAGUGAUCGAGCUUUCGUAUCUCACAGGUGUUUUCCUUAUUACAUGACUUUUCUUUGGGUACCAGAAUUGCUUUGCUGCCAUAGAGGGGCAUUAUCGUUUCACACUCGCACAUCUUUUUCUUCUUUUUUUUUUUUUUUUUUUUUUUUUACAAGAGUUGAACAAUAGAUAUUUGUUCCUUAUAAUCUAUAUUUUCUGAGAAACUUUUUUGAUGUUUGAAUUUUAUCAUAGAAGUAUUUUUAGGCUUUUAUGUAAAGUUAAGUCGUCAUAUGUGAAUCACUGUGCCUUCAUUAAGAAAUCUAAAACAAUGAAACAAAAACCAUAGAAUACAAACAAGACAUGGGUCAAUAUAAGUAUUUAUUGUAUGAUUACAGACAAAACAUUGGCCAAUCUAAAUAUUUAUUGUAUGAUUACAGACAAAACAUUGGCCAAUCUAAAUAUUUAUUGUAUGAUUACAGACAAAACAUUGGUCAAUCUAAAUAUAUAUUUAUUGUAUGAUUACAGACAAAAUAUUUGUCGAUAUAAAUAUUAAUAUAAAACUUGUACGGUUACCAAUUUUGAUGCACCAGAUGCGCAUUUCGACAAAUAAUGUCUCUUCAGUGAUGCUCAAGCCGAAAUUUUGGAAAUUUGGAAUAACAAUAAACUUGUGAGAGCUAAAAGAAAAACUAGAGUAUGAUUACAGACAAAACAUUGGUCAAUAUAAAUAUUUAUAGCAUGAUUACAGUCAAAACAAUGGUCAAUAUGAAUAUUUAUAGUAUGAUUACAGACAAAACAUUAGUCAAUAUAAAUAUUUAUAGCAUGAUUACAAACAAAACAUUGGUCAAUAUAAAUAAUUAUAGUAUGAUUACAGACAAAACAUUGGUCAAUAUAAAUAUUUAUAGUAUGAUUACAGACAAAACAUUGGUCAAUAUAAAUAUUUAUAAUAUGAUUACAGACAAACCGUGGGUCAAUAUAGAUAUUUAUAGUAUGAUUACAGACAAAACAAUGGUUAAUAUAAAUAUUUAUAAUUACAGAAAAAACCUUUGUCAAUUAUAGAUAUUUAUAAAAUUAAAACCCAUGAACUGACAUUGAGAAACUUUUUGUAAAUCAUGUUUUUCUUUUUAUAGAUUUUUUGCUUGAGACGGAAAAAAAAUUUAAGGAAAAAUAGGUUUAUCGCAUACAGCUUUCUUGUACAUUGUGUUUAUAUUUAGCCAUGGAUAGAAUCUGAUUUCUUUAUACAGCAUGUAAAUUCUAUUUUGGCUACUGAUUGUUCUGUACUUUGUACACACUUUUUGCUCAAAUGAAGUGAAAUCUACAUUGUUCUGUGAAAUCAGUAAUCGUGAUUAAUAUUUUUUCUGUUCAAUUUUUGGCUCUAGUUUUUCUUGUUCUGUGUACUUCUGUGUACACUCUAACCACUUGAUUUAUCUGAAUAGAAAUUAACAACAGAUCUUAUAUAAAAUGAAUUGCUCAUGUUUUUUAUUUUUUAUUCUACAAUGUUUUGAUUUGAAUUGUGUUAAAUAUUGAUUUGUGAUUACCGGUAAUCAUUUCGAGCACAAUUUUUUUUUUUUUAUUCACUAUGCUGAUAUCAAUUAAUCAUUGUGUGUAUGUUACUAGUAGAUACUAUGUCGAGUUUUAUAAAUCACUAUUGACAUAAUUACCAUGCCAACUUUCAUAAAUCAUUGUAUCAACAUGAUCAUGCAAUUACUAUGUUAAUUUAAGUUUCAUUAAUCACUAUGCCAUUCACAAAGACUAGAAUAUCUAUGAGUUAAUUGCCUCAGACUACAGCAAUGUCAUCAGGAUCCUGCUUUUCCAUCAGGAUGGGGUUUCUUUUACUAAUUUAAGAUUAGAACAUGAUGAUUUACAUGAUAGAAGAUGAAAAUUUUCUUUUCUGACACAGUUCUGAUUGGUUAUAAAGGCUCGUAAACAAUCCCUAUUUCAUUUACUCUCUAUUGGUUAAUUGUGACACAAUACCGUAUCCAUCCUAUUAAAGACAAUACAUUACCGUAUCCAUCCUAUUAAAGACACGUUGUGUUUUAACUCCUUAUUCUCAUUUGCUUAUAGUUAAUUGAUUGUGAUAUAGUACCCUAAUUAUCCUGUUAUAGACUGUUGUGUUUUAACCCUUCACCUUAAUCUCAUUUUGAUUACUUACUGUUGGUUAAUUGUGACAAAAUACCGUAUUCAUCCUAUGAUAGACACUGUUGUUCAUUAACUCCCCUUACUUUCAUUUACUUACGAUUUAUUUAAAUGUGACAUCGUACCGUAUUCAUUCUAUGAUAGACACGGCUUUAUAACCCCACCCACCCCUGUCCCUGUCCCUGUCCCUCACCGAUAACCAUUUAAAAAUAUUUAAUUAAUUACUGAUCAAGGUAAAUCGUUAAUGUGACGUCAUAGGUUAAAGUUAAAUCUUUUCACAUGAUUUUUUUUUUUUUUAAACAAUAUUUUAUGUAUGAAACAUAAAUGGAUUAGGCAGCAGGCUUGCAGCCUAUACAAGCCUUCUCUUACAUAUGAUUGAAAUUUAUCUCUUGAAGAAUUUUUUUUUACCAUGCAGGUGCAAACAAAAAAUAAUUGGUGAAUUUAUUAAUGCUGAAAAAAAGUAAUAUUUUCCUAAAAAAAAAAAAAAAAUUAUGGUAUGAGAGAAGAUGCAUAAAUCAUAUCUUUAGUAAAAUAUUUCCAAUUGUAGGAAAUGUUAUAGGUCAACACUCUUUCCAAUAAAAGAAUUAUCUUUUACUGAUACACGGAUUUUACUUUGGGGUAUGAAAUUAACAACAAAAUGUUCACUGCUGUUAACAAGUUUAUAUUGAAUUUGAGUAGAUUCACGUAAUAGUAAUAUAUUUACGCUGUGUUUCAUGUAUGACUGGUAUUUAUUUUGUCUAUGCAUGUGCUUUGUAACAAUUGUUAUAAAUUUGUCGUUAGAACUUGCGUACAAACCUUUUGUAUAUUAUAUAAAUAUAUAUAUGCAAUAAAAUAUGUUCUUAUCAAACACAUGUGAUGAAGGGUAACAACUCCUGCUGGUAUUUCCUGUAUUGCUUGUCUAGUAUGCAAUGAUUUCCCUGAUAUUCACAAUUAAUUUACAUUUAUUUAUAAAGUAGCAAUUUAUUUUAAAACUUUUAAAAUUAUGUCAUUUUAACCAUUUUUGUGUAUUUUUAUUCUGCUGUUUAACGAAAAUGUGAGAAUUUCUUAUGUGGACAUAUAUACCUCUGUUUAUGUAUGUCCAACAAAUUAAAAACAAAAACAUA